GCGCCCAGGGCAAUGGGGUCAGUUUAGCUGGGACACUGCAAAGCUAUGCAGGAUUCACCCAGCUCUCUGGUGAUGGAUGGAUACUCCAGCAAUGUCCCAGCCUUCCUAACAAAACUCUGGACGCUGGUGGAAGACCCUGAAACCAACCAUCUCAUCUGCUGGAGCUCUAAUGGCACCAGCUUCCAUGUGUUUGACCAAGGCCGCUUUGCCAAAGAGGUGCUGCCCAAGUAUUUCAAGCACAACAACAUGGCCAGCUUCGUCCGGCAGCUGAACAUGUAUGGCUUCAGGAAGGUGGUGAACAUCGAGCAGGGGGGGCUGGUGAAGCCUGAGAGGGACGACACUGAGUUCCAGCACCUCUGCUUCCUGCAGGGCCACGAGCACCUCCUGGAGCACAUCAAGAGGAAGGUGUCAGUAGUGAAAAGUGAGGAGACCAAGAUGCGCCAGGAGGACCUCAGCAGGUUGCUAUACGAGGUACAGAUACUGAGGAGUCAGCAGGAGAACAUGGAGUGUCAAGUGCAGGACAUGAAGCAGCAAAAUGAAGUUCUUUGGCGGGAAGUUGUUUCUCUGCGGCAGAACCACUCACAGCAACAGAAAGUCAUCAACAAGCUGAUUCAGUUUCUGUUUGGCCAGCUCCAAUCAAGCCCCAGCAGCACUGGGAUAAAGAGGAAGCUACCUCUGAUGCUUGACAACGGGAUCUCGGCUGCACCGGUGCCCAAGUUCAGCCGGCACCUGUCCCCAGACCCCCUCCAUGACCCCUAUUUCAUACAGUCGCCAUCGACAGAGCCUGCCUCUUGCAUAAACAGCCCUGCAAUUGCUGGAGGACCCAUCAUAUCUGAUGUUACUGAAGCAUCACCAUCCAACAUCAUGAAUAUGCAAUCCCCUCCUGAAAAUGACAGGGAGAAGUGCCUCAUGCUGAUCAAGGAAGAGCCAGUGAGCCCCGGAGUGAAAGGCAGCGCGGAGCCCGAGGUGCCCCUGCCCGGCUGCCGGGCCUGCUCCGAGCCCCCGGUGCUGCCCGUGGCCAUGGUCCAGUCUGUCCUGGAGGGCAAAGGCAGCUGUGGUGCAGCCCCACCAGGGACCUCCCAGGCACCCGAGAGGAGAGGCAGGAGGGCCCUGCUGGACAGAACAGACAUUUCAGACCCGUUGGAGGGCACCGACUGGAGCCUGGAGGGGCUGCAGCUGCUGCUGAGGAGCCAGCAGUACAGCCUGGAGCCUGCCAGCCUCUUGGAUGUCUUUAAUCCCAAUUUAUCUCUGAGUGAGUGGAAUUUGACUGAAGUGGAAGCCAGUCUGCCCCCGAUGCAGCGACUCACGGUGGAUCUGGAGAAGAGUGCAACUGAGCUGCCCCCAAAAGUGUUCAACCCACCAUUCAACACCACCUGCCCAGGGAAAGAUGUCAUCCUUGAAAGUGCCCAGCAGUUCCUCCUCGACCGUCAGUCCAUCUUUGGGAACGACCUCAUCAGCUUGCCUGAAAAUUCAUCACUUUAUGUUCCUUCUGAAAACACAGCUUCCUACAUGUCCUCUGUGGGUGUCCAAGGGGAUAUCCCUCUAAACCUGAGUUCUUCCACGGACAACAGCCAGUGAUUUAGCUCCCAAGAAACAAAACCUCCCUCCCACCCAUCCAAGCAUCCACAGGUUUGAAUGUGAAGAAGCAAAACUGACUCAGAAACCUGCAAGAGAGUUUCUUUUUGUGCCCUUUUCUUUUAUUUUUUUUUUAGUAGGUGGAAAUGGUCAGUAGCUCUUGCAUUACCCUCCCUGCACCUGGAUUUCAGUGUUUUUUAAAACAAAAUACUACUUCUGGUGCUUGCUCCGAGGGGGAGUGAGAACUUGCCAGGAUUUGUUUUUCCUUAAAAAUGCUUUAGAAAUUUCAAAUCUUUUAAUAAAAUUUAAGUGAAGAGUAGCUUGAAAGUCCAUCUGAGACUUCCUAAAGUAGUGAUCCUGACUAGUGCCUGCAAUAGCAAACUGUUAGAUUUUACUGGGGCAGCACAGAUUAGCUAAGAUGCCUGACCCUUGUUGAUGCUGGUAAUUGAAUGGAAAAUAGUUCUACAUGCCAGUCCAAUGCUCUAAAAAGAUUUUUUAAACCAUUUUCUGGGUUUUAUGGGAUGCACCUGUUCCUCCUAGGGUGAGUAGGAAAAAGAUCUCUUGGGGUAUGUAGAAGCUUGUUUUCUGAGUGACCCCACCAAGAAUGUGCC